AAGAUAAAGGGUUGAUACCAUUCGAGAUUCGACCCUACCACCGCUCUUCUAUUCUCUUCUCUCUAAAUCAAUUCGCAUCUCUCCCUUUUCACCAACCAAAGAAGAGUAGAUCAUGGGGAGUAAGGCACCAAAUUGGUCAGAUCAAUGGGGAAGUGAAGCAUUUGGCAGUGAUCACUAUGAUGAAAAUGAGAAGCUGAAGAAGAGUGGUGGAAGCAGCAAGGCAAAGGCGGUGGCAUCAGCUGGUGUGGACAAGGCCAAAGCAGCAGCAAUUGUUGGAGCUGACAAGGCCAAAACAGCUGCUGUGGUGGGUGCCCAGAAGGUGAAGAGUGGCACCUCUGCUGGCCUCAAAUGGUUCAAGAAUCAGUACCAGAAAAGGACUUCAAAGUGAACUCACUCCCUGCUCCUUGGACAGUUUCAUUUUCAUAGCUUUGGUAAAUAAUACAUGAUGCUCCAGUAAAGUCUUUUCUUUGUUUCUUAAUUAUUUGCUUUGCUUUGCUUUCUUUGGAGUUUCUAGUGCAACAGUCCAGAUUAGCUGCUUCUUUUUAUUUUUCACUUGUUUAUAGAGAAAAAUGUUGGAUGUUGAACUUAUAUAUCGUUGUUCUAUGACUGCUCAAUGAACAAAUUUCAGAGUCUUAAACCGUUUGUGGGAAUGCAGGGUUAUGUUUUACAAACGUUAUUGUGUAAAAUAUUAUGUAAUUAUAAUUAAUUUA